AAACAACUACAUCGUUAGUGUUCCCCGAUCGACACCGGGUGUAAAGUGUGAUACGCCCUUCAGUAAAUUUACUUCAGUUUGCAAAUCACUCUGAGCCAGUGAGAAUGGUGUUCUUAAACAGUUCAAAUAAUAAUGAUACUUUCUUUUUGUAUCCGAACAUGAAGCAAAUUGACGACAUAUGUGUUACCGAUGACCUUAAAUACAAGAUACUUCUGAGUGGUUUCCUAACGAUCGUCCUGAUAUUAAGUUUAGUGGGAAAUAUCAGUACGUGUGCGGUUAUAAUCAGAAACCGUUCUAUGAGGACCCCUACUAACUGUUAUUUAUUCAAUUUAGCUGUCACAGAUCUGUUGACGGCUUUAUGUAUUCCUGUUGAAAUCUACAUAAUCUGGACGCCUGAUUAUUUUCCGAUCGGGGAAAUCGGCUGCCGAAUACAUUAUGUUAUUUGGGAUUGUCUCAGUAAUUGCAGUGUCCUUACCAUUUUUGCUUUCACCGUUGAACGGUAUAUUGUCAUCGUAAAGCCUUUUCUUCGGCAAUCUCUCGUGAUGACGUCACGUGUUAUAAAAGUUGUUGUUUUUAAUUGGUUGUUGUCCUGCCUGUUCUGUGUUCUGCAAGUCUUCAACGUGUUCUUGUAUGAACGUGACAAAGGCAUUUACUGUCUAUUUCAACUCACCGAGAAAGUUUUAAUCGUUAUGAGCAUCGAUCUUUUUAUAUUUUUCGUUUUUCCAAUGACUGUUAUAUUCGUUAUUUACGUUUUGAUUGCUUUGAAAUUGAAACACACCAAUGAGAAUUUGAAAAACAGUCCCGCUAAUGGUAAAAGAAACAGAGACAAAGCAGUCACUAUGUUAGGUAAGUACUUUAUCAGUUUUUAUAUAACCGAUGAUGUUAUUCAGAGUUGCACCAAUAAAUUUCUGGUGUGAGUCAUCAACAAUAUCUGCACAAAUACAUUCAUAACUAUCUGUCAUGCGAGG